AUGAGGGACAACCUGACCUGGGUGAGUGAGUUUGUCCUAAUGGGGCUCUCCAGUGACAGGCAGAUCCAGGCUGGACUCUUUGUCUUGUUUGGGGCUGCGUAUCUGCUGACCCUGGUUGGCAACGGGCUCAUCAUCUUCCUGAUUGUGCUGGAUACACGACUGCACCUGCCCAUGUACUUCUUCCUCUGCAACCUGGCCGUGGUGGACAUUGGCUGCACCUCCAGUGGGAUUCCCCAGAUGCUGGUGCACUUCCUCCUGGAGAAGAAGACCAUCUCCUUCACCCGAUUUGCAACCCAGAUCUUCUUCUCACUGGCCCUUGGGGGCACUGAGUUCCUGGUGCUGGCAGCAAUGGCCUAUGACCUUUACUCAGCAGUCUGUGACCUGCUGCACUAUGUGGCAGUGAUGGGCUCGAGGCACUGUGUGGUGCUGGCAGCUGUCUCUUGGCUCAUGGGCCUGGCUAAUUCCGCUGUGGAGACAGCAGUCACCAUGCGCCUGCCCACCUGUGGGCACCACGUGCUGAACCAUGUGGUCUGUGAGACACUGGCACUGGUCAGAUUGGCCUGCGUGGACGUCACCCUCAACAAGGUGGUCAUAAUGGCCUCCAGCGUGGUGGUGCUGCUGGUGCCCUGCUGUCUGGUCUCCCUGUCCUAUGCCCACAUUGUGGCUGUCAUCCUGCAGAUCCGUGCAACCGGGGGAAGCUGCAAAGCCUUUGGGACCUGUGUCUCCCAUCUCACUGUGGUCUCCAUGUCUUAUGGGAGGGCCUUGGUUACCCACAUGCAGCCCAGCUCCAUAGUCUUAACCAAGCAGGACAAGGUGGUAGCACUCUUUUACGCUUUGGUGACUCCCAUGUUGAAUCCGCUCAUCUAUAGUCUGAGGAACCAGGAAAUGAAGGCUGCUCUGAGUCGAGUUCUGAUGAGGACUUCUGAAUCAAAGCUUUAG